UAAUUAACUCCAUGAUGAGGCUUCUUUUCCUCUACAAAUUCACGUACCCAUCUACUAGUAUUGAAGCUUCGGAUGAAAAGAUUGAGAAAGAGUACAACGAGAUCAGGAAGGAUUUUAUAAACCUCACUGAGAAGAUUAAGACUGUCAAAAUGGAGUCCCAGACAGGGAAAAGAAUUCCCUGGAGCGAAUUCCAACAAUACUGUAGAAAGAUUCAUGAUAUUAAGUCAAAAGAGCAAAAAUAACAACAGCAUUCCUGCCUUAUUUAAAAAGAUUUCCAAAGUUAUGAUAAUGCAGAAGGCUAAAAAGAUCGCAGAUAUUAUUGAGAAUGAACAAGAAAUGGGAAAUUCUGAGAAUCCCAUUACUUUGCAUACUAAAUUAUGUACCAAAGACGAAUAUGACUAUUGCAUCGAGAAACACUGCAGCAAGGCUCUCAAUGUCAGAAGACAGGAUAAAGAGCAAUUUGAUUUUCAGACCAAGUUUAAGGAAGAACAUAUUGGAAUGAAAGAUUGCUAUCAAUACCCCCAGUACUUCCUUAAGCAUACUAGUAAGAUUCAAGGCUAUGAGCAGAUGAAACCAACUGCUGAAAAUGAGGAACUUGAAGAAACAGCAACAACUGAGUUUGAUUCCAACUCUCGAAUUAGAAUAGAUCUUAACCAAGAUCCUAAGUUUAGAACAAUGUUGUUACAGAAAAAGUUUCCUAAGGUAUCAGCUCUUCAAUUUGACAGUAUUGAGAACCUGGACGAUACAGAAGUAUGCACUCUUCUCGAGACUAUGAUUCCUCCAGAGAUUGAUCAAAUUUGUUUGAGAAGCAACCUUGGUAACAAGAUUAAAAUAUCAGAAAAGAUCCAUAAAGCUUUGGUAAAGACUAUUACUGAAAAGGUGAAAAAUAUAAUAACUCUCCAAGGAUUUAAGAUGAGCGAUAAGCAAUUUGAAACCAUUCUCAAUAACUCUGGUCACCUUCAGAAGGUAGAUAUCAAAAAUUGCUUUAUUUUCCCCAGAUCAGGAAAAGAAAAAGAUCCAUUGAAGAUAAAUCUUAAUGAGUUUCGUAAAUCUGCAACAGUGUCAAAGCUAAAUCUGUCAAUGAAUAAACUUGGGGCUAAAUGCUUAAAAUCUGUUAUUAUCCAACUAGAAGGAGAUGACAAUGACCAAACCUCAAAAUUGCUCUCCAGACUAUCUAAGCUUGAUAUUAGUGGGAACCAGAGAAGAGGGUAUCAAGGCAAAUGGAGACUUGGCAGAUAUCACUAUGAAGGACUUGUUAAAAAUGCCAACCCAGGCAUAAAGUUGAAUCAGACAUCAAAGAAUUCAAACGAAAUUGAGGACAUGAAUAAGAAAUGGAGAUUAUUCUAAAAGUAUUAGGCAUAAUCACUGAGGCUCUUUUUA